CCCCGCGGAUUUGGGGAUGCCAACCCGUAAGUCUCGCGGGCUAAAAACCUGGCGCGCCGGCCGAAUCUCGCGAGAGUUGGAACUUGAAGCCACUGGGAAAGGACGGUUGUGGCGGCGGUCUUUGCGCGCUGUGGUGUUUACUGGCGGGCUCCCCACGCCUGGCUUUUUCUGAGCCACAGUCCCGUUAUUUGGACUCUUGGGCUUCAACCCCAGGACCAUCGCUGUGUUGGCGAUGUUGGUGUUGCCAUAUAGUAGACUGACUUCCGGAAAUGUGUACCGGACCCCCGGGGCUGAGGCUCCAGAAUGCGAAGAUGAAUUAGUCGUGGGUCGCUGUCGCACGAAGGAGAGAAACUUGUACAUGCGGUGUGUUCAGGACUUCCAUAGGGGUUCGUUCAGAAUGUUGCAGUGACACGGUCGACGGGAGAUGAGAAGAACCGAAGCCGUGAUUCGGGAGAGCUUUUGGACAAAGCGGAGGACUUUGAGACAAGGACAGCAAAGGAGAUUAAGUAACUGGCUCAUGGACCUGAACGUGAACACAGAAUAUGGCUCCAGAGGUGGAGGCUGGUCUUAGUCACAGCUGGUACUGUCCUCCCAGCCAAGUAAUGGGCUGCCAAUCAUUGAAAAACCAGUUCAGUUAAAGGCAGCGAUGGAUCAAAACGGCACUGUUGUGAACGUUCCCACCAACCCUAACUCCGCGAGAACCUCAGAAUUUCGGAUGUGAGAUGCUGUGGCUAGGAAGGCAUUCGUUUUCCGUGGAUGACACGCUUCCAAUAAAGCCCUGAAGUCACCUCUCACUAGAGUCACAGGAGAUCAGGCCUGCUAAGCAGAAUGGCGCUCGGGGGUUUCCAAGACAGGAAAUAUCUAAAGCCAGUGGCUGGCACACUAUUUUGGGCAAAUGAGGAGGAGAAAAAAAAAUGUUAUUUUUCUGAAAACACGAGUUGUAAGCCAGGAUAAAUGGUAAAUGACAUUAACUCAUUAACUUCCUUUCAUUGGAAACCUUCCCAGCUUGUUCUCAUUUUGUUUCGCAUACGUGGGGCAUCCUCUCCAUUACUUAAUCUCUUAGUCCCUUCUCCCCACACCUUUUCUUUAACUUCCUUUGAAAUAGGCGGCAGCACCCCACACCCAAACACUCAGUCCCCCGGCUCCGCGUCCGCCCGGUCCUCGGAGGUGGGGAAGCGCUGAUCCCGCUGGGUGGGGGCGGCAGCCUCGGGCUCACACCUUUCUCGGAGACCUCGGGCGGCGGCGGCGGCGGCGGGGCCCGGGCGGGGCGGAGGCCGCGGCCUCGGCGAAUAGCAGCGCGCUCCCCGCGCGGAUUGGAGCAGCGGCAUCACGCUGACCUCGGCCUGGGAUGUAAACCCCGCCGGCCGCUGCGGGCAGAAGAAGGCUCGCGGCAGCUCCGGGAAAGCCAGCUCAUCCGCGGCUCCGAGCGGUGGCCUAGAUCUCGGCGGCGCCCAGCGGCAGGAGGAGCCCGGCUAGGGCGCGGGCGCGGGCGGGGAGCGCGCGUCUGAUCCCUGGGCGGCGAGAGAAGGGGCGGCGCGAGCCAUGGCCGGGGACAGCGAGCAGACCCUGCAGAACCACCAGCAGCCCAACGGCGGCGAGCCCUUCCUCAUCGGCGUCAGCGGGGGCACACCUGCUGGGAAGUCUUCCGUUUGUGCUAAGAUUGUGCAGCUCCUGGGGCAGAACGAGGUGGACUAUCACCAGAAGCAGGUGGUCAUCCUGAGCCAGGAUAGCUUCUACCGUGUCCUCACGUCGGAGCAGAAGGCCAAGGCCCUGAAGGGCCAAUUCAACUUUGAUCACCCGGAUGCCUUUGACAAUGAACUCAUCUUGAAAACUUUGAAAGAAAUCACUGAAGGGAAAACAGUCCAAAUCCCUGUGUACGACUUUGUCUCCCAUUCACGGAAAGAGGAGACAGUCACUGUCUACCCUGCAGACGUGGUGCUCUUCGAAGGGAUCCUGGCCUUCUACUCCCAGGAGGUCCGAGACCUGUUCCAGAUGAAGCUCUUCGUGGAUACAGAUGCGGACACCCGGCUGUCCCGAAGAGUAUUAAGGGACAUCAGCGAAAGAGGGCGGGACCUGGAGCAGAUUUUAUCGCAGUACAUCACAUUCGUCAAGCCUGCCUUUGAGGAGUUCUGCUUGCCAACAAAGAAGUACGCGGAUGUGAUCAUUCCUAGAGGUGCGGAUAAUCUCGUGGCCAUCAACCUCAUCGUGCAGCACAUCCAGGACAUCCUCAACGGAGGGCCGUCCAAGCGGCAGACCAACGGCUGUCUGAAUGGCUACACGCCUUCGCGCAAGAGGCAGACGUCGGAGUCCAGCAGCCGGCCGCAUUGACCCCCGCCGGCUCCGAGGAGCACCGUGCGCCUGUACAUACCCUUUCCCAGGACGUUGCUUAUUUAAGAAGACACCGUGGAGAUGACACGCCUUUGGGGUGGUUUUUUUUUUGUUUUUUUUCCCCCCCUUUAUUCCUUUUUGUACUAUGGAACAACGAAAUCAAACAGAACUUGAUCGUGACCUUAAAUGACAAACUGUGCCAACUACUACUGGUGAUGCCUAAUUAUGACUCCAACAUGUAACCAGUUAUAAAUACAUAUUAUAUAUAGAUAUAUAUAUAGAGAGAAGGAUCUAUUUUUGUGUAAAUGUACAAAUACUGUAAAGCUGUUUGCCGUAAGUAUUUCGCAGGGCCUGCGAUUGUGUGUUCGGGGCCUGGGGCAAGAGUGGCGUUGCAGGGACCUGGUGAAGUAUCUGGGGAGAGGAGGAUGAUGCGGAUACGAUGGCCGCGGGCUGGAAACCCCCUUUGCCUCCCCUUGCAGUUGGUGCUUGAUGUGCCGAUGAGGGACACUCUUGUCUUUUUUUGAGUUGAAGUUUAGGUAAGAUCUCAACUCAAAAUUCAAACUCAGGGAAGAGGCCCACUGAGGAGAGCAAGUCUUCUGCGUCCCUCCCUGCCCUGCUGCCCGCGACCGGCCGCUUGGACAGCUCUGUGGCUCCCUCCUUACUCCGCCUCUCUGUUCUCCUUCCCCGGCCGGCCUUUUAGGGAAGAACUGGGGCGUUGGGGGUGGAACCAGACCUGCUCGAUGUCCUCUGGCCUCCCAGGGAAGUAACUGACCAGAGCCCUCGGGCAUUCUCCUGUCUGAUGGAACACAGGGCGGACCCUUCGACAGGGCACAUCCAGUCCGUGCUGUGAUUGGGGACAUCUGCUAAACGACUGCUGGUAGAGCUGCUCAUGGGUGGCAGAGGAGCUCUGGCCAUGUGAGGGACAGUAGCUUUGACUGCCCGUGACCUGUGGAUUCACAGUGGUGUGUACCUUUCACUGGGAACUGUCAAGUCACCACAGGGCCGAGCGAUUGACUUAAUCACAGCUUCACCAUGUGAAUAUGGUGACGGCCAGGUUGGGCGGGGGAGUUAGGAAAAGAAAACCUUUCUUUUUUUUUUUUAAAGAAAACCUUUCUUUAUUUUGAAGCAUGGGUCCCUAAAUUGGAGUCUUAGGAGGAAAACAUUUAGGGAUUUGAGGUGGAGACUUCCAGCUCUCUGGAGAGCUUCCUGUCAAUGGGAGCUUCCUGACCUUCCGCUAGGAGGGGUGGAGGGACUAGGGGGACGGACGAGGCGGGGGAGGUCUGAUGGUAGAGUCCCAAGUUUCAGUUUCUAUCCGCAGAAGAGCCAAGGGUUGUCGUGUCAGUGGUGACUGUCCGGUGUGUGGUAGCCCUCCGCCUUCGUCACUCCCCUUGGCUGCCGCCUCCCGACGCUCUCUGGAGGGCCUUCUCACUGUGUGGCUCUUGAGCCAUCUGAGCCACGCGGGUAACUGUGACUCCAGUCCUGGCUGGUCACACUGAGCCUCGCUGUCAGACUCGGUGCCCCAUCCAGUUUGAUUCCUUCUUUCGGGAUUUAAUUUGUCUCCAAAUCUAUUUUGCUACUUCAAUAAAGUCAACCGUAGUCCUCAGCUAGAAUUUUGCUAGCCCGGGCCCUGCGGGAGGCUGUGCUCCAGGUCCCGAUGGCUGUUCCCGGGGGCGGGGCCAGUGGUGUGGAUAGGCGCCGGCCGGCAGGCAGCCCAGUGCUCACCGAGACUGAGCAGUCUGUCUGCCUCCUGUCACGCUGUGCGCCGUUCUGAGAUGAAGGGGGGUGGAGGCCCGGACUAGGACCCCAAGGACACAGGGCCCUGGGCCUUGCCGGGCCCUCUGUGCCGGGGGACGCCCACCUCAGUCUGGGGGCGCCUUGGCCUUCAGUGGGUCGCACGCUCAACUUUACUUGAAGCUCCCAGGUGCCAAACCAUUUAGUGCCUUGGCUGUCUGUCCCACUGCCUUGGAAGAGGGAUUCUUCUCAUCUCUGAGCCUUUUCUCACUUAACUGCUUCCUCAUUUGUCUACCUGUGGUGUUGGGACCAAGCCCCCAGGAUCCUGAGGAGCCCGCUCCUAGCUUGGGAUACAGCUCCAGGGCGGCCUGAUCCCUGCUGCCUUGUGAAAUGACCGCCAGUUCUUGGUGGCUCAGCUGGACGCUGCGACACUGCGUCUGGGGAAGGGAGGACAGGAGGCUGGGAGGCUCUGCCCCUCCGUGGAAGCCCAGCAUGUGAGUCCCUUGUGUGUCUGCACUUGAGCUUUCACUAGGAGAGACUGUGUCAGAGUCUUUUAGGAGUCUCCGGAUCUCCGGCGCCACUAGAAUGGGAGGGGGUGUAAAAUGAGACUGGAAGCCAUAUUUGCCAUCGAGGCACUGCCGCACAGGAAGGAGGUGCCAGCUGCAGGGCGGGGCAGUGUUGGCCGCUCUUGUGUGGGAAUCCCUCGGCUCCAGAGCCGCCCGCCGGUGCUUGCUUCCCCUCCAGGACCAGGUGUCCUGGCCUCACUCCCCACUGUGCUGAUGCCCCUUCUGCGGCCUGAGUUCCUUACUUGGGGGCAGCCUGAGAGCAGGAUGAGCAGAGGCAGGACUUGGGAAGGGUGUGAGUGUUAUGACCUCGGUGUCCUUGGGAGUGGACAGGGCAGAGAAGCAGGGGAGGGAGGAGUCUCCAGUGCGCAGGUGUGGGAAGUUGUCUCCUGCCUCUCCUGCCCUUGGAAUUGGAUCCUUGUUGACAAACGCAGGGUGGAUACUAGGCUCUGGAGGCCACUGGCUCAGGCCGGAGGCCUCUGUGAUCCCCGAGCAGCUGGAAAGUGGGGAGGCUGAGCCAGGUUGGUUGGUAUUAGCUCCCUUCCUGCCCUCCUGUAGCUUGAUUUAGCAACCUUGACUGGGGCCAGCGCCUGAGAAGCCGUUGGAGGGAAGGAGGCUUUUGCGGGGAGCUGUUUCCGCUGUGGAGUCUGUGUGUCCGUGAGGGAUCCCAGCACCAGGGAACAGGCUGGUGUGGGCAGGAAGCUAGGACUGGUCCCAGGCUGCAGGAAGGGGCAGCUUUACCAGACCAUUACCACCCUGGCCCUUGGAGUGGAGCAGGAAACAUUCAGGUGCCAGACAAAUCCAGGUUGGGACAGGCACAGCUGGGAUGGAGCCUUUCUGCCUCGGGGCUUCUGCUGCCCUCUGUCCCAGGUGCAGGGGACAGGCAUGACAGACCAGCCAUGUGAUUCUUCCGGGCAGUGGGUGCUGCCUCGGGAUCGAGUUGAGCGGCUAAAUAGACCUGGGCUUUUCUUUCCCUUUAAGAUGCUUGCUCUCCCACCCCUUUUUUGUUGCUUUAUCUUUAUUGUUAGUAGUUACAGAAAUGACCACGUGCUAUGUACUUGCUGUAAAUAAAGUCUGACUGAAAAAGA